ACCAAUAAAUUCCUGUCCAGUUCUUUCUAACAAAUAGUACGAAUCGCUCCCAUUCUUCUUGUCAUUAGUUUGCUGGAAGUUUAAUUAACAAGGUACAUUACAACACGAUUCAAAAAUGAGAUUCCCAAUAAUUUCCAAGACUGCACUUGUCAUAUUUGUGGUGGCCACAAUCAUGGUGGAGGACACUUUGACAAAGAGUUUUGCUCAAAAUGACGAUUCCCUCAUUUUGAACGCAGGUAUUCUGAAUAGUCUUACCAACGAGACUUGCGUUGACGAAAAUCCUUUUCCGGAUCCGGACGACAUAACUUCGUAUUAUCAAUGCUAUUGGUUUGAUGACUACUACGUAAUCUUGCAUUUUCAAUGCAGUCGGGGAGGUUACUACGAUGCUGCUAACGGUGAUUGCUUCCCGUUGCCACCAUUCGUAUGAGGAAUCAGCGAAGGUUACUUUCCUGACUUUUCCGACUGCAGGAAGUACAAUCGCUGCAUUAUUUUCCAAGGAGUUAUGCGCCAGUAUGGAAACACUUGUCCAGCUGGGUCAUAUUUUGCUCAAGUCCAGAGCCUAUGCGUUGCAGGGACAUGUUGAUUACGAUAACUUUUCUUUAUUAAUACAUUUAUUUUCAGAUUCAGAAGUCAAUAUUCCAUGAAUAAACAAUCAUUUAAGAUUUACGUACUAUUUCGACAAGAAAAAUAGCUUCAAGAGCGGUUGAUAAAUUAGGUGAAAUGCUUCCACGAAACGUUUAUGCCACCAAAAUUUUGAAGUUUAUUAAUCUGCGCAAUUAUGGGAGUCUAGUUUUCAAUUGUUAAGGGGCGAAAUCCCUUUAUAAAAUCGCUAUGUCCGUUCGUGUGUCUAGGCGUCUGUUGUUGGUCUGAUAAAUAUUUGAACGCAAUGAUCUAAAGAGUUAAAAUUUCGCUACGUUAAGGGAAAUACCUGAUUAAGAUUUGACCGCCACAGGUCACAAGUUUCACGGUUAAAAUUUUCACCCCUUGGUUACAUGCGUUGUAACGGUUUAUUGUUCAUUCGUCCUUAGUAAAGUUUUACUCUCCGAGCUUUGCCUACGUAGUAAUUCAUUUUAUUACUUUGCGGCAUCCUACAUAUUUAUCUUAUCAUGCUAAUAAAUAAAUGCGGCUGAUAAAUUUAAACUCAAAUUGAAUAAUUAAUACUUUCGAGUAACUAUGACGCAAAUAUCAAAUCCAAGAAAUUACAUUUCAUUGAAUGUCGGCGAAAUUAGCAAUACUAAAUAAAUUUUGAAGGUUUGACAAAUAUUGUUAAAAACGUAAAUUUUAUCUACUGUAAUAAAACCCUAAUAAAUCGGAACUCUUUCAUAUCUA